GUUGCGUUCGGAGAAGUAAAGGGUCAAUAAGUAGGUAAUGCCGGACGUAAUACACGAGAUAGGCCCUACUGAUAUCAUACGAUCAAUCAAUGCGUCGUGUGCUCCAUAUUGAAAUACUAGCUCUUUCCGAGCUAAUUGCGGGAUGAAGAUUUAUUCGUGAUGCCUUAAUACCCGAUCAGUCCUGACCCCUUACUGACUGCCAUCUAUACACUGUUACUUAGCGGCAUGCUGUAAACACUCAACGUCAACGAUUAUUGAAAUGUGUGCAUAGGUUCAAUUUCUUUGAGUUGUAGGCUUCACAAUGGCGGGUCUCGUGAUAAGCUAUCAACCUGCAAGCAAUAAUUUGGGACCAGUGCCUGGGGAAGAUGGGGGCCCUAUAAGGAUAAGACCUAUGACAGAGCAGGACUCUGAAAACGUCGCGAACUUACAGAUCGAGGCGUUCCGGGAGAAGUUUGAAUGGGCAGUAGGGAAAUCUAAUGUCAAUAAAGUGAGUAGAGCGUGGGGCAAUGGGUUGAGAAGAUCUCCUCUAUGGUGGCCCAGAUAUUUCGUUGCCGAGUUAAAUGACGAGUUUGGCUGUCAUUUUGCUGGCGCGAUCGUAUUAGGUUUCUAUGCAGACAGGAGCUUGCCAGAACCAAAUUUUGACACGAAUGGACUUGGUUGCAAAAUCCUCUGUGGAAUGGCGUGUAUGGAAAUGGCUCUUGGUGAAAAACCAUCAGAUCCAAGUAAGGGUUACGUGGAGGCUAUUUGUGUAGAAUCCAAGUUUCGUGGAAAGGGGAUUGGCAAAGUGCUUCUGGACAGAGCUGAAUACGAAGCGAAAGCAAUGGGAUGCAGGUCCAUCUAUCUAAAGGUAAAACGAACAAAUCGAGCAAAGAACCUGUAUGAACGUCAGGGCUAUAGAGUGACAAAGGACCAUGAUGGUUGCUGUUGCACAUAUUGUGCAGUUGGAGUCAGGCAUUUUUACGAAAUGGAAAAACAGCUUAUUUAGAAUGAAAUAGGAAGACAGGAUAUGCUGAUGUUGUCGUACAUAUGCCUUUCGAUGAAAAAGGAAAAGACGGAAGAAAAAAGUAUGUAUGCACCACAGAUUUGAAAUUCUAAAGGAUCAACUAACCAUGCUGUCAGUGUAUGCAGGUGACUUAAUGUCUUUCCACAGCAGUAUUGGACAUAACCGAUUUGACAUCCUUCUGCACAGAAUGACAUAUGUUAGUAAAAUAUGGGCGGUGCCCCGAUUCCUUCAUGGGAAUGUACCAGAUUAACUACCAGCCAGCACAAUUUUUCCGUGAUACACUGUAUAUGUGCUGUUAACAGAAAUGGACUUAUUGUAGCCUCUGAAUCUCAGGUGUAUGUGAUUUCAAAAAGAACUAUAUUUAUAUCUCUCUUACUUAUAUCUCCAGAAUUUUAAGAAAUAUUGUUUGGAUAUAAAGAAUUUUAUUAGUAACGCAAGUAUUUUUUAAUGUUGAGCUUUUUUAGUGUUUAAGUAUUUUUAACAGAUAUCUUCAAGAUUUAAUGAAAAAAGAAAAAUUAACGUAUUUGCUUUAGAGUCCUUAUACAGGCCCGUAGCCAGUAAUUUCAAAAGGGGGGGGUUCUUUUUCUGAAAAAGUGGACCUUUUUCCAUAAAAACUUAAUGUACCUAGAUCGAAUUUUACUCAAAGUAGACCUUUUCCGAGCAAAGGGGCGGUUCUUUUGAACCCCCCGAACUCCCCUGGCUACAGGUCUGUUAUAUAAGCACCACGUCGCUUGCAAUCUCAUAAUAUUGUGUGUUUGAUGUAAUUUAAGUGCCUGUUUCAAAUAGUUCUUUGUUUUGUUGAUUGCUUGUGAUUAUGUAAUAUGAGUUUACAGUUAUAAGCAAUAUGUUGCUCGUAAUAUUUUCGUAUAGUGGUCUUUGUCAGUUUUUUGUAAUGACGGAUUUGUAAAAGAUGCAACUUAAUUUUUUUUUUCAAAGUGACAUUUAAGCUUUUCACAUUGUAUGUCCAAAUGCGCAUACCUAUAACCAAAUUCUUACAGAUAUCAUACAUUGAAUAAAAUAGUUUUUGUAUAUGUUGA